AUGCCUACCUCUGCCCAGAGUCGCGGAAUCGCGAGUUGGUAUGCUCGUAUGGUUGAUUUUAAGGUCGAGACACUAUUUUCGCGGAAGCGACCACCGGGACCUCCAAGGACUGUGUUCGUCAAUGAACUUCUUCCUGAAGACUACUUGGAUUCAAGGGGCCGCGUCAGACGUGAUCGGCGACACACGACCAACCAAGUCAUUACCUCAAAGUACACCCUCAUAACCUUCCUACCUCGCAAUCUGCUUGAGCAAUUUAGGCGCAUAGCGAACAUAUUUUUUCUUGGAAUUGCCAUCCUUCAAUUCUUUCCGAAAUUCAGGACGAUUACGCCUGGGGCCGUUAUCCUACCGUUGAUCGUCAUCCUCUCAAUUACAGCGCUGAAGGACGGGUACGAGGACUUCAAACGUCACCAGUCGGACAACAAGGUGAACAACAGCAAGGUCAGAGUGCUUUCUGGCGGCAGUUGGAUCAAUCCGAACGUCACAGAAGGCAAGAGCAAGACAUUCAUACGCGGAAUCCUUCCAAGACGUUCGGGCAAGGACGCUAACACGUCGAACGAAUUACAUCCAUCUGUGACCAGCCAUGACACUGAUCUCGAGGAAGACCCCGAGUAUACUGAAGGUUACACACCUGAGGAUCCGACUAAGCCUCACUGGAAGCAAACAAGCUGGGAAGACCUACGUGUAGGAGACUUUGUCAAGAUCAUGGACAAUGAGUCCUUCCCAGCCGACAUUCUUAUCUGCGCGACAUCAGAGGAUGAGAACGUAGCCUUCGUCGAGACAAAGAACCUGGACGGAGAGACCAACCUCAAGUCUCGACGUGCAGUGUCGUCCUUGACGGGGCUGCGUAAUGCAAGGACAUGUGCCGAUCCACAGAAUGCGUUCCGCAUUCAUUGUGAACGUCCAGCCAUCGACAUGUAUAGGCUGAACGCCAACGUUGUUGUCAAUGGAUCAACUCAUCCCGUCGACCUAUCCACAACUUUUCUUCGUGGCACGGUCUUGAGGAAUACUAGAUGGGCUAUUGGAGUUGUUCUCUUCACAGGGCUUGAUUCAAAGAUUGUCAUGAACUCCGGUGGAACGCCCAGCAAACGAAGCAAAGUUGAGAGGCAAAUGAACCCACAAGUCUUUAUCAAUCUCAUUCUUUUAGCCGUGAUGUCCGUUGUUUGUGCCAUUGCGGAUUCAUCCCUCGAAAAGCAGUAUUAUCCUUUGGGUGCUCCGUGGCUUUAUGGGGCUGAUUUACCGGAUGAUAACCCAAGGAUAAACGGUCUCAUCACUUGGGCAUUCGCUCUUCUGACCUUUCAGGACAUCGUUCCGAUAUCGCUCUACAUUUCCAUCGAAGUAGUUCGCACCUUGCAAGCUGCUUUUAUCUACUACGACUAUGAUAUCUACUACAAGAAGACAAAGCAAGCUACUCAAGCUAGAUCGUGGAAUCUCUCAGACGACCUUGGACAGAUAGAGUACAUAUUCUCAGACAAGACCGGUACUUUGACCCAGAACUCAAUGGUGUUCAGAAUGUGUUCAAUUGGAGGAAAGGCAUACAGAGGUGAUAGCCCAUCAACGGCAGGGGAAGACGGGAAGGACGACGUAAAACCAUUGUCAAACCUCGAGGAUCUCGCCAAGCUGGAGGUGCACGUCGAUUUGGUUCAGGCUCAAAACCGUCCAAGUAGUUCGACACUCCAUCUGGGACUUGGAUCAAGCCCCGAAAUUGUCCAUCCUGUAUCUGAAGGCACGCCGACGUUCAUUGAUUCCGUUCUCCUCGAGGACAUUCAAGAUACUGCAGUCAACUCUCAGCCCUCCGCCUUCUCGUCAAACAUCAACAAUUUCUUCACGGUUCUCUCUUUAUGCCACACAGCCCUAGCAGCCACCAACCCCCAAACUGGUGCCAUUGAGUACAAGGCUCAAUCACCCGACGAAGCUGCCCUAGUCAAAGCUGCUGCGGACGCUGGAUUCGCCUUCCUCGGUAAAGACAAGGAGGUUCUAUCGCUUUGGACGCCGAGAUCAGCGGACAUCGAGAGAUACGAGCUUUUGGAUAUCCUGGAGUUUACGAGUGCACGGAAGAGGAUGAGCGUAGUGCUGCGAAGACUUAACGCCGAAAGCAACGAUUUGUUGUUGCUGACGAAAGGUGCUGAUAAUGUCAUCUUUGAACGACUUCAACUUGGAGAAGAGGCAAUGAAGCAGGAGACGGAGAGACACUUGAGCGAGUUCGCGAACAGUGGGUUGAGGACGUUGACUUUGGCGUAUCGCAUGAUUCCAGCUGAUGAAUACGAAGCAUGGAGCAAACGGUACCAAGAAGCCGGCAUUGCUCUGGAAGGCCGAGAAGACCAAGUCGAGCAAGUCUCAAACGAAUUGGAGCAGGGACUGCAUCUCCUUGGUGCCACGGCGAUCGAAGAUCGCUUGCAAGACGGUGUUCCAGAGACUAUCGAAGACCUCAAGAAAGCUGGCAUCAAGAUAUGGGUUGCAACUGGCGACAAACUGGAGACAGCUAUUGCGAUUGGCCGCAGUACAAAUUUGAUCGCCUCAGAUUCGAACAUUAUCAUUGUACGUGGCGCGUCCCGACGGCCUGUCCAGGCGCAAAUGGUCAACGCACUCGAUCGAUUCUUCCCCGAACACGCCACCGCAGGGCACCACACAGAUCUAAAAACCUCGACAGAAGGAAUCAUACCUCUUCAACGAAUAAACACUGGGGUGUCUUCUAUUGUCGGACCGGAGAACGGAGAACGUCCUGGUGGCUUUGUUCUCGUUGUGGACGGUGCCGCCUUAUUGGAGGGUUUUGCUGAUGAAGAGAACAAGUCUAUCCUUCUUCGACUCGCCGUCCUCUGCGAUGGUGUGAUCUGCUGUCGGGUCUCGCCCCUUCAGAAGGCGCUCAUCGUCAGGCUUGUCAAGGAUGGGCUAGGUGCCAUGACCCUGGCCAUCGGCGACGGUGCAAACGACGUUAGCAUGAUCCAGGCUGCUGAUGUCGGGAUUGGGAUUUCAGGAGAAGAAGGAAUGCAAGCCGUCAAUUCAUCAGAUUAUGCUAUAGCCCAGUUCCGCUUUCUCAAGAAGCUGCUUCUGGUGCACGGCCAUUGGUCGUAUGCACGCAAUGGAGUGAUGCUUCUAAACUUUUUCUACAAAAACAUUGUUUCUGUGGGCGUGUUGUGGUGGUUCCAAAUAUACGAUGCAUGGAGUGCCUACCACGUCUUUGACUAUGUCUACGUUCUGUUCUGGAAUUCUCUGUUUACGGUAGCAGCUGUCGUGGGCAUCGGAUUGUUUGAUCGAUUCCUUGACUCUCACACCUUGAUGCAGGUGCCAGAACUGUACCGCUACGGCCGCGAAGGGCACUGGUUCGGGCUUCGCAACUUCACUGUCUAUAUGAUAGAUGGAGUGAUGCAGUCCGCCGUUAUCUAUUUCCUUAUUUUAUAUACGUAUAUGUCACCCACGGCACGAGAGGAUGGAUAUGACGUGUAUUUGUACGAGUUCUCGACGGUCAUGGCAAUCUCCGCUGUUCUUGUGGCAAAUCUUUUCACAGGUUUCAACGCAACUGCAUGGACAUGGUGGCUAUUUUUCGCUGUUCUCAUCGGUAUAAUUGUGCAAUGGGUUUUUACUGUAAUUUAUUCGCUUAUCUCGCCAAACUAUGCUGUCACGAAACUUUACGGAAACAACUACUACCUCUUUCAUUCAGCCUAUUUCUGGCUAUCUCUCCCCCUGACAAUCAUCGUCGCUCUUGCACCGCGGUACCUCUGGAAAGCUUGGAAGUUUGGGUUCAAUCCAGGAGACCUCGAGAUCUUCCAACUUCUCCAGAAAAAGUACCCCGACAGAGACCUUUCCUCUUUCUCUCGCCCACGUCAGCCACUCUCCAAUCCCUCAGGAUCACAAGGACAGUCGUUGAUGGCAUCAAGACGAAGUAGCGUGACCUCGCUGGGUCGACGACCCAUUCGGCCGUCUGUGGACGUUCGCUCGCCCAGCCGGACCGACAUGGCCACUGGAAUCACCUCUGUCGAUCGAGGUUUUGAUUUUGCCACUGAGGAGCAUGGGGUGGAGAUGCAGCGUGUCAAAUCAAAUCUAUCUGAACGGAAGAUGAAUAAGCGCAAAUGGGCCUCACGGACUCCAUCGAGCAAAGGGAAGAGCGCUCUCUCCUCGCUAUCGAGAGCCUUUUCGAGGAAGCCCACGUCACCACCAACGAAACCGCCGGAAUAG